AUCGAUAAUUGGUGAAUUAGUUGUAAUUAGCUGAAAUUAGUUAUAAUUAGCUAAGAUUAGUUGAAAUUAACUAGCUUUUUUUUAUAUCUUCGGGUAUAAAUUUUCCAUCAAAAUGGCAUCUUCGUCGUCUACUUCGCUUCCCCUGGCGCCCAUUGCAGACGCCGCAGAGCUCGUGCAAAAGGUGGAGGAAGCCCUCAGGGAAAACUGGGAAUAUUAUGGCUUGUGCGCUUGCGCCUCAGAUAUAUCUAUCAGCUAGCUUUAUACGGCCCAGCAACUCAAGUAGUUGCUAGCUGAUGAGGUAAGUAGUUGAGUUACAUUAAGAGAAAACGAAAAAGCUGUGCGUGGUGAGUCUUGCAAGUCUCUACAUCUAGAGAGUUAGCCCUUCCAACAAAAACAAAAAGUAACAGCUUUCGCUGGGUACAGCAAGACUUUUGAACUUUUUCUUUUCUAAAAAAUUGUGACGGCUGAUGAUGUGAAGAAAGGGAGGCAAGCGAUGCGCGGGAAGACCCCAGGGCUGCAGUCGAGCGUUGGAGCAAUCGCCGCAACGUUCCGAGGAGGUGGAGGAGGAGCGCCACUACAAGCAGAAAAGUGGUUUGCGACAGGGCAGAAAGUAUUAUUAAGGGCGGGGUAAAGGUGCUUUUCUUACCGCUUUUUAUGCCUCUCUUUUAAUAAAGGAAGCAGCGAGGCAUAAAUAGCGGGGUGAGCAAGCGCCAAAAGCCUACUUCUAAUCUUACGACUCAGAUCCCAGAGGAUGACGGAUGCGCUUCUGGCCUCGAUUGAAUCAAUUUGCGCGAGCAGAAACACGAAGGAAAGCGUCACAACUGAGCGAUGGAGUUUCUUCCCGAGGAAGGCAGUGACUCACGGACCGGAUCGAUCCUCGUUCGCGGAAUUUUCAAGAAAGUACCAGGUGAAGGACCCUGCGGAAGUGCCUUCGGAGUACUUAUUUUUUGUUUUUUGUUUAAUUAUUUAUAUUGGAUAAUUUAUGCAAUCGCUCGCUUUCUUCUCAACUUCUACGUCGAAGGGAAAUUUUUUUUUUUAUUCAGGUUCCUCAACGAAUUCCCUCAUAACGAAUGGUACGCGUUUCAAACCGAAUGCCCCUUCCCGUUCCGGGGUGCCAAAGUUCGCGACACAGUCUCCAGAAACAUGACGACAAUUCGCGGAGGAAUGGGAUCGGGGUCGUUGAUGUUAUGGGCGAAAGUGUUAGCGUAGGAGAGGGAUGAGGUUAGUAAGUGCCCACGACGUGCAUCCCUCGACGUUCGGGGUGAUUAUAGGCGUUGAGAGUGUAGGUUUAUAAUGUAGAGCACUCUAAUAUUGAUCUGCGACGAUGACGGGAACCGCGCGGCUUUGAUGGAUAGCGAGCAGGAACCGCCGCCGCCGCCUCCAGCGGGUGCGCUGGAAGACAUCAAGGUCGACACGCCAAACAUGAUGACUGCGUCAACUGGAGAGGUCUCCAAUUAUGUGGAGACUCUUGGACUUGGUAACUUUGUCUUUGGCUUUGUGUAUCUUUCUCUUUAGGACGCAGACGCGGGAUUUAUCCGAAUCAUAUACUUUUCAUAUUAUCUUUUACUGACGUGAAUAGUCCAACUCUCAUAAGUUGCAUCCCCUUCGUUUUCUGCUAUAGGUCUGAAGAAAAACGAAAGCGCGAAGUCUAACAGUUCAAGCGUGAAGGGUGCGAAUUCGUUGGUUGUCUCAGAAGAACAAGAGGAAGAAGCAGACGAGGACGUACUACUUAUCUCAUUGGGUUCACAUAUUUCUUUUUUCAAUCAUCUUCCGUCAAUGUUUUUUGAAUUUUAUUCUUGAUGAAAGACAGUGCUUUUCUCCAGUGGUGAUCUACCUCUAGACGUGCUGGCUUCGUUCUAUCCUUCUUCUAUCAUCUUCUUUCAGCUAAAUGCGUUGGAAAUUUUCCUGAGUAAUUUUGGCGAGGAGGUAGCUGGCAACCAACUUUUCCAAGCUUCUAUAACGCUGGAGACGUUGGUCGACAGCUGCCCAGAUGUCUACCUCGAAAGCCUCUCCCAGGGGGUAGUUUCUUAAGGCGAGGCUGGAACUGCUUGAGUUGCUGCUUGUUAUGGAUCUCCUAAGGGGGAGGACGCGCAUAACAUGCGGUAGAAACGAGCAUCAAGGCCCUACCUCUAAACUCAAAGAAUUUGCGCUGUUUCGGGAAAAGUGCAAGUGAACGACGUAACUCGGUACUUCCAGAAACAUUUGGAGAAGAUAGUGGAUCGGUUCGUUGCCAUCCACAAGGAAAAGGAGGCGGAAAUGAAGGAGAUCCUCGAGAUGCAAGCGUCGGAGGAGGAAGAUAACCCGGGAGAUAAAACUGAAGCAGAAGGCGAAGAAGGUUCGGGCUUUAAGUUGAAGCUAAGGCGAAGCUAAUUCAUUCUGAGAAAUUUUUUUUAAAAAUAUUUUAGCACAUCUGGAGCCUGUUUUUAAGUGUAAAACGGAAAGGGGAUUAGAACUAGGAAGAUGGCAGAUAGAUUCCUUGAGUCUAAUAAUCCCGGAUGCAAAAGAAGGCGAUGGUGAGGAUUGGUACGGAAAAGGCGCGCCUGGUUCCUUAUUGGCGAUAGUCCACUUGAUGAAAAAGGACGAGAACGCUUACAAGCAGCUUCGAAAGCGAUGGGUGUUCGUCGACGAAGUUGCGCAUGACAUGACCGGCGGGCUGAAGGUCAUCAGGAAGAAGACCCAGGUACUUACUUGAUGACUUCAGUGCUGUGAUCUUUUGUUUCUGUUUUCGUAACAGUUAAAGCUUCGCUGUUCCUUCGCGUCGUCGACUUUCAUGAAUUUCGAAAACCCUCGCAGGUCAUGACCAUGAAGGACGUGCAGAAGCUCCAAUUUAGUGGAUUUUACCAAAAAACAAUUGUUGCCGUCAAAUGGGGGCCGGUAAAAACAGCCAUCAAGAGCCUCUACGCAGAUUUGAUUUCGUGCACGAGUAUCUUCGACGAGCCUGAUAGCGCUGACCAAUUGAGGAAGGUCAUCAGGGACGAAGCUGAACAACUGCCAGUACUUCCUUUGGAUUUCUAGGAGCUUACUCGUUGACUAUCGUGGGAGCCUGUGUGCCUCGUUUCUUUGUGUUGCGUUGUGUGCUUUAUUUGGCAGCUGUUCACCCUCGUCGUUCGUCGUGGCUAUCGCUACUGCUUUAAUUUUCCAUCUUCAAACUUCUCGCAGGUAAAUCUUCGAAGCUUUGCCUUGGCGUGCGAGGCUGGACCGCGAGAAAUCUAUUGCUGGUUCUUGCGGUCCAGUCCAGAAGAAAAGGAAGAGGUGGCUUCAAUGCUCCAAGAGGAGCACAAUAAUCUUCCAUGUCCGUUAGUGAACGCGCGCUUCAUUCAGGAAAUGAUGCAACCAUCGACUUUCGCGGAGAUGGUAGCGCCAUCGAAAAGAGGUACUUCGUUUGCUUUUUAGUUCGGACCUUCGUGGAGCUUAGUGGCUCUGAGGUGUUUCGCGUUGCAGAUCUAGAGUGGGCUCUUCUUUUCCAUAAUGUUGGGGCUUACGUCCAUCGACGAGCAAGCCAGUAGAUAACGCAGCCGUUUAGCUUUUACCUGCUCUAGAGUGAGAUACUAAAACGAGCCUCCUACCUUCAGGUGAGAUCGCGUUUCCAUUGAAGGAAUAUUUUCUGGAACUAAGACACCCGCAUCUGGGCGUGUGUCUCUCAUCCAUCUCGAAGGAAGUGGGCAAGGGAGAUCCAGUGAUUGCUGCUAUGUUCGAUUUUGCUCGGCGCCUUUCAGUUUAUGGCUGGCGGUUUCAAAACUCUUCAUCAAAAAACUAAGCUGAUAGAUAGGCGGACGUUUGUCGUCGUGCUUUAUCAUGCUCGAAAAUUUUGAUCUUGAUGUCUUCGAUUUCCCGGGUCUCUUGUUGGCGGGAUCUUUAUCGAUCACUCUUUGGGCUGAUUUCUAUACUUUCAAGGUAGAGGAAAGGAAUUCGCAGCCGUUUGAACUAAUUGGGCUUAAUUCUCAUUAAUUUGAAUUAGUUUGAAAUAACUCCGCCACGCUUGGCGUCGUCUUUAGUAUUCUAGUGAAUUCUCUAACGUUUUGAAGUCUUCAACGCUAGCGGGACGGCACUGGCGAAGGACAUGUACUGCGCUCUCGCUGGCGACCAAGCCCCAGAGAGUUGGCGCAAGAUGUUCGUACAUAAUGAGGCAACCGCUUCCCUGAGCUUUGAGGCGAUGGAGCAAUUUUACUCCGACAAGAUCAGUAGCGUCGACGAAGCCGCGUUAAACAUGCACCUAACUCAGGGCAUGAUCCAGAAAAUAAAGACGACAAAUGGAGCCUUAAGCGGCUUCUUAAAGUAUCUGGCGGAAUCGCGGAAGCGGCGGGAGGAGAAAAGAAAGGAGGAGGAGGAAGCUUUAGGGCUCUUUAUCUGAAAGCUCUGCACUCUAGUCGAUUUCGUUUCCCAGGCUACUUGUUAUUUUUGGGUUUUUCCUUCAUUCCCCGCUCCUCUUUUUGUAUUAGUCUCGCUUCUAUUCUUACAUCCCUCUUGGUCUUUAUUCUCUUGGUUUUUCCUUUUCAUCUGUUGUUGAUACGUCCUAUCCUAUCGCUCGUUGAUGUUCUCGUCUUGGUUGGUAUAUGGUCAGGAUUGAGGCUCCUUGACGUAUUCCCUGACUUUAAAACUCCUAACUAAUAGUAAUCCCCUAUUAUCUGAAAGAUCGGCUCUAACGAAACACAAGCGCUACGAGGAGGAACGUCGAGAAAGCGAAGAGAGGAAGAAGCUGAAAGAAUUAGAGGAUGCGCGUGAACGGUUCGAAGCUACCUUGGGAGUUAAAGACGCCACCGACAACUUGAGAAAUUAUGCGUUUCAUGCAAAAAUGAUCAAGCACAUCGAGCUGAAUCUGUAUGCUGAAAGCCCUAACCUUUUAGAUUUUUAUUUGAUAUUUAUUCUUCUCGGUGUGGACAAGUUUGAUUCUAAGUCUUGCAGAAGUUGAUGGAACAGGAGGUCGCGGAGGAGUAUCAUGCAAAACAAGUGCAAUAUCUGGAGAAGCUUGAGACGGAGCAGGCAGAGGAGGUGAAGGCGUGCCAAGAAGCUUACCAGAAAGGCAUCCAGCAGAUUUCUGCUGAUUAAGGCGCGAAGGGUCCUUGAAGCGCUUCCGUUCCCGCUUGUUUUUAUUUUCAUGGGUGUGAGUAUAUAAGAAGUUCAUUGAAAAACGAGCGGGACAAAAGGAAGCGCAGAGUCCUCCACUAAGAACAAACAGCGAACUACUUUGCGCUGCCUGACGGUCACGAGAAGAUUAUGGCUGGUUGUGUAUUAUUUUGCUUCGUUGUAGUUUAUCCCAUACUUCAGGGAUCGUGACGCAGGUUCUCGUAAUAAUUACUGGCGUCUUACUUCAUCGCUCGCGUCUCUAAUAUUUGUUCCAAGUUGCACCAGAUGUCGAUCCUGACCCAGCAAAAUAAACAAAACUACGAAUCCAGAAUGAGGGACGCCGCAGACUCCUACGCUGAUGAAAAACAACGAUUAGAGAGCCUGGAGAAAGAGGCAAGGCAACUAGCGCAAGAAACAACCGAGUCGCACUUGAAAGUUGAAGGAGGUACUAAGUGCCGUGUUUGUUUUUCGAUGUUGUGGGAAACUUUAGGAUUUCGUAGGUGCUAGGCUUCGGCGCUAGUUCGUUCUCCAGGAUAAAGCUAUUUAUGAUUUUAGAAUUGACUUCGUCAGAUUAUGAGAAAAUAUCUCUUCAAAAGUAUCUCUCUCUUCAGAUUAUGAGCAAGCCAAAGCCGACUAUGAGACCGCAAAAAAUAUAUACGAACCGCUCCAAGCUGCUCGGGACGCGGAGUUAGCUGAGAGAAAGAAGGAGGAGGAAGCUGCUGAGAAGGCUAGGAAGAGAGCUGAGAAAGAAAAGGAGAAAGAAGAGAAGGCCAAGGAAAAAGAACAGAAGGAAAUGGAGAAAGCAGAGAAGGCCAAGGAGAAAGAAGAGAAGGCGAAGAACAAGAAAGGAGCAGCAAAGAAGAAGUCGAAAGAAGCGGAUGUAGUGAAUAUUUCUAGCGAUUCGGAUCAGGAGAACACAAGCAGCAAAGCGAAGGCGACGCCAAACAAGAAGCGAAAAUCGGAGAAGAACCACGCGCAAGUACUUAAAAACCUCGCUAAGUUGAUCUAGAUGGAAUAAGUUCAAAAUAGUUGGAAUUAGUUCAAAUUAGUCGGAAUUAGUUGGAAUUAGUUGGAAUUAGUUUAAAUUAGUUGAAAUUAAUGCAAAUUAGUUGGAAAUGGAAUCCGCUCAGCUUCUCUUAGGUCAGUCGACCGCGCUGGGCUGCGUCUUCUUCCUUGAAACGUAAGAAGUGAGAAGAGCCAUCCAAAAUGAUCCUUUAACAGAUUGAAGACUGGGGCGAGAUUGAAGUUGGGUCCAUCAUCGGGUGCAGAUUCCCGACCAAGGCUAAAUGGCAAGACCAAAUAGCGGACAAGUUGGAUCUCGUGAAUUUGCGUCAGUGGCCUCUGAGGGUGCUCAAGAAGUUGGCCACCAACGUCAAGGUAUUAGCUUCGUACUUUCUUUCUUCUCAGUAAGUACGUAGGUUGCUUGCAGCUUUUAUUUAUUUUGUUUUAUAGUAAGUUCAACUCCCUUUCUUCGUUGCUUUGUUGAGAUUGUUCCCGAUUUUGUAUAUUUGGACUUUUCUCACAUUUCCAGGUAUCUUUCGACCACGGCCAUGAAGAUGCUAAAGAUAUGCCCGCAUCCUUGCGAGGAUUAAGUAUCACGAUCGGAAAAAAUACGUGCGAGCCUUUUGCUUCUUGUUCUAACAAGAGGCGAAAGGUCCACUCUGAAGAAAUGAAGGAAGAAGAGAAUAAAGAAGAAGAGAAUAAAGAAGAAGAAAAGAAGGCCGAAGAUAUGGACAAAAAAGAGACGAAAGAAGAAAACACGAAAGAACAAAAGGAGAAUGCAGAAGAGAAGAAAGAAGGAGAGGAGGAAGAAGAUGCCAACAUGGAGGGCGAGAAGAAGCCAGACGCGGAAAAUUAUGGCGGAGCGUGAUAUAUUAUUUGUCUGUGUCUUCUCAGCAUGUAUUUUGGGAGGGUUUAGCUUCUUAUCAUUUUAUAGGGAGAACCAGCCUCCAUCUGGUCACCUUCGUCUUUCUGUUGGUAGCAAGGGUCUGGACCUGCCUCGUGCUGUUCCUAGUAAAAAAGUAGGCGACUAAAAUGAUAAGUCUGCGUCUAACAGUAGCUCCUUCCGGAUGAUGCGCAAGAUGACCCGAUGGAAGUAGACGAAAACCCCAGCGGAAAAAAGCCAGCAACUGAAGAGAAAAAACCAUCGUUGCAGCAAGCCUUGCUGAAGAAAAUGCAGGAAAAAAAUCUCAUGAAGGAACGCGCGCGCGCGAAGCUCGGCGGACUUUAAUUUGUGACGAUGAUGAUUGACGACGAUGAUAGUCAUCACAAGGAUAUACCUCGACUACAAGUUAGCACUCUCGUUUCUUCGUGUUCAUUCUUCCAUUGUAGUACUUUUGUCUUUUCUGAAACAAAAUGGAAAAAAUAGAGAUAGACCUUUCCCAAAUUUAUAAAAUCUGAUAGAAGUAGUCCAUCGCGUUGAUAAUUUAAACGAGUUCCAUCAUUUAUCUUCUCUGCUGAUUUAUUGCAUCGAUUUCGAACAUCCAAUAAUAAAAAAAAUAGUGAGUAGCUGCGCCAGACAAAUAUUAUGAGAAGCAGCGCUAUAAAUGAUCGAAGAAAGCAAAGCGAUAGGAAAUCGACUUGAAAAAUUUUAUUUCCAUUGUCCUCAAGUAUCUUAAGAAUUGCGCUGUGGGAUUUCUUUUGAUCGGAGUGGGUGCGGGGUGUGUGGCGUUUUAUCGCUCACACCUGGGUCCGCCUUCGUGCAUAAAUUUGGGCCUUGCGCAUUCUCCUAGGGAUAUAUACGAACUUCCUGGAAAAUCUAACGAAUAAAUUUCGAAACAAAUUUUUAAACUCAUUGAUUAGGCAGAUGCUGUAAGUGAGUGAUCACUAAUGAGACGCUUGGUUAUAUCUUUGUCGCAUUAACUCAGUCAAAUCAGCACGAUCGCGCAAGUAGAUCACAUAUAGAAUUUUCCUGCGUCGCUUAAUGUUUACUAACAAGUAGCAUUAUUGAGACGCUUCAGAUUUUUUUAGAAAAGCGAAGCUGUGGCCAGCGAUACAAAUAGGGAAAAUGCAGAAUGGUUAAACUUAAAGCGUAUAAUCAAUCGUGGGGGCGCCUACGUGAUAGGUAGGAAAUUACUGCAAUUCAGACGAGUUUGCAAAUUUUAGUGAAUUUACAAAUUUGAUAGUAUCAUAAAUAGAGCAGGAAAUCACACGCAGGGACAUUUUUACGGGAGCGUCGUCAUCUCAUGGGGUUCAAGACAUUUUUAAGCAUACGCUUCGAAAAUAUUCUGCAUCUAAGACCGAACACAAAACGUUUCAAGUUUAAGACCGAAAAAAGAAGAAACAAGAUUCAAAAAAUC